UUCAAUGAGUAAUUAAUCCUUUCCAACCCCUUUUAUUAUAUGCUUUCAUCCCUGAUGGUUUCCACCCACGUUGUGGGAGGGACCACUCUGCAGCGUCAACUUGCCUUUUCCCUUUUUCACGGCCACUUGAGGCAGAUGCUGGGUGCCACCGGCCCCUCUCGCUGCACCCAUGGAUGUGUCUCGGUGCCUGCCCCUCACCCUCCUCCUCCUCCACCAAGCAGCGUGUGUCAGCAACAGGAUAGAGGUGGUCGGGGUUGUGGGCAAGUCCGUCACCUUCUUCCUCCAGAACCUCAGUACACACGCAGUCUGGAGCUUUCACAACGAGGUCAUAGCGACUGUGAAAUCCGGCCAUCCUCCCGAAGUCACAUUUUUUGACAACAGCUACAAUUCACGCUUGGCCUUUAACGAGGAUGGCAGAACCCUCACCCUCUCCCAGCUGAGGAUGAAUGACACUGGUGACUACAUCGCAAAGACCCCGGAGAGAAAAAAAACCACCUUCACCCUACGUGUGUACAGGGAGCUGGCGGUGCCGUCGGUGACCUGUGUGGCACAGAACUGCUCGGCCAAUGGCUGUAACUACACCCUGCUCUGUGCCGUGUCCGGUCACGACUAUGGCAACGUCAUCUAUGGCUGGAAGGUGGGGGACGAGCUAUGGAGUGAGGGGCCCAUGGUACUGGUGGAGGGGUCACUCCUAGAGGAGCCAACGCUCACGUGCGUGGUACAAAACCCUGUCAGCAACCACAACGUCACGGUCACCUCGCCCGACACCCUCUGUGCAGCACCAGAAAACACAACCCACCCUCCCACCAUCGGCACCUACUCCAGCAAGAUGGUUGUAAUCGUGGUCACAUCCGUGAUCGGAGUCAUAGUGUUUUUGAUUUUGACGGUGAUUUUCGUCCUCAUCUACUGUAAAUCCAAAGGUUGGAACAUCUCCUGGUUGCCCACAGCUGAGGCUGUGAACACAGAGGCCAGAGCAGAGUACACGACGGUGUACGCCCAGGUCGGCCCCUACCAGCAGGUGCCCCAGCAGAGUUUGUCCAAAGAACACCAAAACAACACAAAGAAGACACCAUUCACAGAUGAGGAGGGCUCCCGCAGCAUCUAUUUCACCAUCCAGGCUGAGGCCCAGAUGGAUCACAAGAAGGGCAGGCCAGGGUGCCAGGAGCAGGACGAGAAGACCCUCUACUCCUCGGUGGGGCAUCCAGAAGACCUGGAACAGCCCCGGCAGGGCUCUGGUGUGGCCAUGAACCUGCUCUGAGCACGGUGCUCCUCUCCGACCGGCCCCAGCCCAGCCAUCCCCCUUCCCUCCCCAUUGCUGCUGCCUCCGAUUCCAGCAGCGUUCCCCGGCCAUCGAUGGGAUGGGGGGAUGUAAGUGCCCUGGAAGCACAGGCUCCCCUGGCACAGGAGCUCUGCCCGUGUUUUGGCAUCCAAAGGGGGCCUGGGCUCAUUUUUCUGCCUUCUCUGACCACGCCAAGGACCACGGAGCAAAAGUGGGGUUGCAAACCCAGCCCACCCAGUGCAAGGACAUGAACGGGUGCUCCCGGGAUGCACCCUGCAGGACCAUCAACCUCCAAGAGGAUGGGAAAACUUGAAGACCCUCUAAAAGCUCUUUUUAAUCACUUUUUUUUUUUUUUUUCCCUUGUUGCUGGGCUUUUAAACUUGGCAAAGGCUUCGGCUGCUUCGUUUCGUUGCUGAAAGGAAGAGAAAACAAAAAUAACACUUGGGCGACAGAGACCCAAAUCUGGAAACACACGUGCCUUCGCCCGGGCACACACACACCCGCCUGCGGUUUCGGUGCUCGCAGCUUCCCCAGCCCUCACUUCUCCUGGAACUGCUGGGGGGACGUUCCAAACCUCACAGCACCCUGCUCAGCACCUUUUUUGGGCUGUGAACGAGCCUCCUGUGAUGCUUCAGGGCCGUGUCGGGGUCCACAGGCAGGAGGUGGUCCAGGCUUGGGGGGAAAAGAGGACAAGGAACGUGGCUGGUGCCGUUUUGCUCCACUUCUUGGAUGUGUUUGUACGUGGGGGUUCUAUUUUUGGGUGAAAUAUUGGGACGUGAAGUGCUGCGUCGGUGGAGUUUGGAGGCUUCCCAGCAGAGCCUUAGGGAGGAGAGCAUCCCUCCAAGCCCCCAGGGAUGCAGGAUUCGGGAUGCUCCAUGGCGUUGGUAGCAUUUCAUCCCCCUGGGAUGCGUGUCCUGCAGCAGGAUUCCCCUCGAGCUGGAACUUAUGGGGGACUUGGAUGCCCAACAAGUGGGACACGGGGCACAUCCCCCCCUCCCUGCUCCCCAAACCCACCCGGUGGUGGCAACUGGGCAAAUCCUGCACCUUGGCAUCAAUUUUCUGGUGCCGCCGGACAGACAGACAGACACUUCCAGCCCUGGGAAGCCUCUUCCCGUGCCGCUUCCCCCUGCUCUUUGUCUCAUCUUCGAGGAUAGUAAAUUAUUCAGGGAUGAAACCGGAGAUUCCUUUGAAGUGCCUGGCACAGGAGAGCCCUCUAGGAGCUGCUGGAAUAAAAAUGCAAGACACAUCUGAGCUCAAUUCCUGGCUGCGUCUUAUUUUUGGGUGAAAACAGUCCGUUGUUGACAAGCUCAGGGAGUAAUUUAUUUUGUUUUCUGUGUUUACACAGGAUGUGAUGGGGCUUGGUUUUGAGUUCCUCAAGCUCACGCUGAGUGAUUAAAAAUACAUACCUGGGCGGGUCAUGUGUUUUA